CUGCCACAGCUUUGAGACAAUUAAGCCCGCUCUCCAUUCACUGUGUCUGUGUGAGUGAGUGUGUGUACUACAGUACGUGUCAGGUGUACAUUCGUGCGUGUUUCCGUGCAGUUUUGACUUCACAACCUCACAUUAUAUUGAUGACGGGCACCAUGAUGCGGAGUAUGGACCCGAGCGAGACGGAGAUUGACCUGAGUGAUGCGGGAGAUGGAGAGGAUGAUGGGGAGCAACAGCCAUGGAAGACACAGCUGGAAACCGUCCUGGAGGAGGAGGAAGAAGAUGAUUUAAUCUCCACACAGAGCGACACCAGGCCUCUGAUCGAUGAGAGGGACCCAAAACAAAUAAAUGAGUGUCUAAAGGUGACUUUUCAAGAUGUGAUAGCAGAACCGGUGUCAGUCCGCAGUGGGGACCGGGUGUGGAUCUGGAGUCACGCUCUUUUCGAAGUGUGCCGGGUCUGGUGUUAUCGCAUCAUCACAGCUCUGCUGGCUAUUCCCGUGUCCCUCAUCGCUGGAGUUCUUUUUGCCAUUCUCAGCUUCAUUCACAUCUGGUUCCUUACACCGUGUGUGCAGGUGGUCUUGAUAAACACAGGGUGGUUGCAGAUGUUAUGGAGCAGCGUUUUAGACAUCUUCAUCUUACCCUUCUGCCAAAGUGUAGCCAAGUGCUGCGGUGGAAUUAGCAUUCGUUUUACACGGGAAUGACAAAUGUUUGCUGGAAGAAUCAGCUCAAAUUGGAAUUCACAGUACUGGAAAGAUAUUGUAUUUCAGGAGGGAUGACAAUUUGAUUCUUGGUCAAUGUUAUUGGGGACCACACCAAAAUACACAAAGCGUGUCAGAGACUUGGAGGAAAUGUAUAUUCUUCACAAAAAAAAUCGCUAUCUUAUCUUAUCUUAUCUUAUCUUGAAGCAGUAAAGAAGCUGUUUUUUAUACAGAUUUAUGAACUUUUUUGUUUUUAUCAUUUCUUAAUUUCCUCCACAAGAUGUGAUGAAGCACCUGCAGCCACUGCUGGCAAAGCUAUCCAGCCUUUCUAUUAUUCAUUACAGAAACACUUCCAUGAACAUCUAUUUUGUGUUUUGAUGACCUGAUUUGCAUUGCAUCGAGUCCCUUGCAUUGCCACAUUGUGUCGAUUCCUUUCAUUUCGAGAAGAACUGAUUGUUCCCAUCUUUCCAAUUAAAAGCCUCACUUUUCAUAUGCAAAUAUGAGGCCACAAAAAUAACAGCGAGAACUCUUUUAGAUACCGAACACCUCGAUCUGUAAUGGAUCUAUCACCAUACUGAAUUAAGCUAGAAUUGUCUCCUUAUCCAGAACACCCCAGUGUCACGGAGAACUUUCAAUUUAUGUGUAAAGCACUUUUAAACAAA